GCUCCCUGCCGGGCCGCGAGCCUUCUUGGAAGGUCCUAGGAAAGCAAAUGCAAUGUUUCUAACCAACUCUGGCCUCAGAGAAAGGUGAAAAACUUCUCCACCUGCAACAUUAACUCUGGCAGACAUUCUGAAUCACCCCAAGCUGAAAUGCCUGCUGCUUUCGUGACAGGAUUAUAAGCUUUGAUACUGAGAAGAGCAAAACUGGAAGAUGCCAUCUGAAAGGUGUCUCAGUGUCCAGGAAAUGCUGACAGGGCAGAGGCUUUGCCAGUCCAGCUCCCACCACGACGCCGUCCUGGCCGCCCUGAACCAGCAGCGCAGCGACGGCGUCCUCUGCGAUGUCACCCUGGUGGCCGAGGAGCAGAAAUUCCACGCACACAAAGCCGUCCUGGCCGCCUGCAGCGACUACUUCCGCGCAAUGUUCAGUCUCUGCAUGGUUGAAAGUGGAGCUGAUGAGGUGAAUUUACAUGGUGUCACAAGCCUGGGUUUAAAACAAGCCCUGGACUUUGCAUAUACUGGCCAGAUCCUCCUGGAGCCAGGGGUGAUACAGGACGUGCUAGCAGCUGGGAGUCACUUGCAGCUGCUGGAGCUCCUCACUUUAUGUUCUCACUAUCUCAUCCAGGAACUAAAUAGUUUCAAUUAUUUGGACCUGUAUAAGCUGGCGGACCUCUUCAACCUCACGUUGCUGGAGAAUGCAGUGGUUGACUUCUUAGUAAAACAUCUGUCUGAGCUAUUGAAGAGUCAUCCUGAGGAGGUGCUGGCCCUCCCAUACUGUCUCCUUCGGGAAGUUUUCAAGAGCGACAGACUCACUUCACUCAGUGAAGAACAAAUCUGGCAGCUCGCAGUGAGGUGGUUGGAGCACAACUGUCGCUUCCAGUACAUGGACGAGCUGCUCCAGUACGUCCGCUUCGGCCUCAUGGACGUGGACACGCUGCACGCCGUGGCCCUCUCCCACCCGCUCGUGCAAGCCAGCGAGACGGCCACGGCGCUCGUCAAGGAGGCCCUGGCCUAUCACCAGAGCCUCUACGCGCAGCCCGUGUGGCAGACGAGGAGGACGAGGCCUCGCUUCCAGUCCGACACCCUCUACAUCAUCGGCGGGAAGAAGCGCGAGGUCUGCAAAGUGCGGGAGCUGCGCUACUUCAACCCGGUGGACCAGGAGAACGUGCACAUCGCCGGCGUGGCCAACUGGAGCGAGCUGGCGCCCAUGCCCGUGGGCAGGAGCCACCACUGCGUGGCUGUGAUGGGCGACUUCCUUUUCGUGGCCGGCGGGGAGGCCGAGCACGGCUCGGGGCGCACGUGCGCCGUGCGGACGGCCUGCCGCUACGACCUGCGCACGGACGCGUGGGCCGACAUCGCCCCCAUGAAGAACUGCCGCGAGCACUUCGUGCUGGGCGCCCUGGGCGACUUCCUCUACGCCGCGGGCGGCAGGAACGAGCUGCGGCAAGUGCUGCCCACCGUGGAGCGCUACUGCCCCAAGAAGAACAAGUGGACCUUUGUACAGCCCUUUGACCGAUCCCUUUCGUGCCACGCGGGAUAUGUGGUGGAUGGUCUGCUUUGGAUAUCAGGAGGAGUAACAAACACCGCGCAGUACCAGAACAGGCUCAUGGUCUAUGAUCCGAAGCAGAACAAGUGGCUGGGCCGCAGCCCGAUGCCGCAGAGACGCGUCUACCACUCGAUGGGCGCCGUGCAGCGCAGGCUCUACGUGCUGGGCGGCAACGACCUCGACUACAACAACGACCGCGUCCUCGUCCGCCACAUCGACGCCUACAACAUCGACACGGACCAGUGGACGCGCUGCAGCUUCAGCAUGUUGACAGGUCAGAAUGAGUCUGGAGUUGCUGUGCACAAUGGCAGAAUAUAUUUAGUCGGUGGCUAUUCGAUUUGGACAAAUGAGCCCUUGGCUUGUAUCCAGGUGCUGGACGCGAGCAAGGAGGGCAAGGAGGAGGUGUUCUACGGGCCCACGCUGCCCUUCGCCUCCAACGGCAUCGCCGCCUGCUUCCUCCCCGCGCCCUGCUUCACGUGCCCCGACCUGCGGACGCUGCAAGUGCCCCACCACCGCAUGGGCACCCUGUGACACGGGGCACGGAUCCAGCUCGGGCCCUGGAAGGGCUCCUCUGCACCGAGGAUGGAAAAGGCCGGACACGUGUGGGCGGCCGCGUCACCCUCGGCACACACUUGUCUUGCAGCCAGAUCCAGUGGGCAGGGGGCUCCGAGACGGGCCUGCGGAUCCUCUCCCCUGCCUCAGGGGUGCGGAACGCGCGCCAGAGCCUCGGCCUCUCUGCUCCUGCCCCCUCGCGCCCUGGCGCCUAUUUAGCUUCCCUACGCAACGUGGCGGGGCUGCGUGGGGCUCGCCAUGGGGCUGCUGCCGCUGUGGGCUGCGCCGGGGCACUGCUGGGAGCCACGUGCAGGCCGUGUCUGUGCAGCCCAAGGUGGAGCCCAACUGGCCCUUACGCAACACGGCACCCGGCGAGAGCAGUAACAAACCCAUGGACUGGUGCUUCCAAGCUAACAGUUUCUCACCUGGUGAUGCUUCAGUGGAUGUUUAAAUACUGCCAAGCAGAUGAAAACAAAAGUACAAGAGCAAACAGAGAAGCCUUACAGUGUGUGAGGAAGGCACCUGGUAACUGGAUAGUCUGGAAGCCAGAGCUGCUGCCGCUUCGUGCUGAGACCCAAGGCUGAGCUGGACGUGUUGGUCCGCGACUCUGAAGAUCAUUUGGGAUGUCAUUUGCCAAGGUCCCCUACCAAAUCAAUGGUACCUUCCGUCAUCUGAUGGACUCUGCCUGGCAGCUGCAGUCUUUUAAUAGUGGAGAACAGCCUCUUUACUCUGUAAUUAAAAUGUGCCAUUUACUUAAUAUUUUUAAUAUCCAUUUUGCAAAGGGUCACCACAUCUACAGUUACAAACAAACAGCCUCAUUUUGUCCAACAUAUGGUC